GCAAAAUAAUCAGCAGGUUUUUGGACCGUCCGGAUUACUUCUCUAUAUUACAGCAGAAAGAAAGGAUUCGGAAAUGGCAUAUUGGCAUGAAGAAGAAACAAUUUUUUUGCUGUCUUGAUGUUUAAGACUAUAGAUUGCCGAAAUUACAAGAGGGAGGAUUCGGAAAUGGCUAGCUGUGGCAUAUCGGCAGUAAAGUGUAUAGAAUGUUCUCUGUUGGGUUUUAUCUUAAUCAUGUUGGUGCACAGAUGUGGUUGCUCAGGAGACGUACUUACUCUGGGAGAGUCUCUCACCAUAAACCAGACCAUAAUUUCAGAGAACGGCACGUUUGCGUUGGGUUUUUUCAAUCCCAAUGGAAGCACCAACUUGUAUGUGGGCAUCUGGUUUGCCCAAAUACCAGUCAAAACUGUAGUCUGGGUGGCAAACAGAGAGGCUCCUCUACGAACCAUGUCUGGUGUUUUGAAACUCUCCACAGACGGAUAUCUCAGUCUGUUUGAUUCAGAGGGCCGAUCCCUUUGGUCCACAGAGAAGAUCCAGAAAGCUAAAGCGUCCUCAGUUAAGAUGCUGGAAAAUGGUAAUCUGGUUAUGUUGGGCGGGCAGAACAAGAGUGAGAACGUUUGGGAGAGCUUCGAACACCCAGGAGACACCUGGUUGACUGACAUGAAGAUGUGGAAAGGCAUGAGACUAACGUCCUGGAAGAGCGCUGUGGAUCCAGCACCGGGUCCCUUCUCUUUAGGAAUGGAUCCCUCUCCCGGUAAGACCCAAUUUCUGCUGCUCUACAACAACACUAAAUCAUACUGGACAACCGGGGAGUGGGUUGUUGACCGUUUCAUCUUUGUCCCAGAGCUAACAAUCUCUGGCAGCACACUGGUGCCCUCUGAGUUUGUAAAAUAUUCCCCUACAAGCAUGUAUUUCAGAUACUUACAUCCAGAUGCAAGCCAGAGGAUACCGCAGCGUCUAGUGAUGUACAAGAGUGGAGAUUUACGAUCCUUUUAUGGGUUUGCCAAUGGUGAAUGGAACGUUGUUUGGUCGGCCCCGAGAGAUCAAUGCAACGUGUAUGACAUGUGUGGGGCUUAUGGAACAUGCACCAGUCUCAACAUCCAGUUCUGCAACUGCCUCAGCGGCUUCAGCCCCAAAGACAACCGCGCCUGGUAUUCUCAAGAGUGGUGGGCCAGCGGCUGUGUUCGGCGCACUCCACUCAACUGCUCCACCGAUGGUUUCAUGCAACUCACCGACAAGUCCUUCCCGGACAACGCUAUUGCAUCCAUGCAAACAACACAUGCAACGGUGAAGGAUUGCGCCGGUGCCUGUCUCAGCAAUUGCUCCUGCACCGCCUAUGCAAUCACUAAUUCCACUCCUCCCGCUUGCCAAUUGUGGUUCGGCGAUUUGUUAAACGUGCGCAAUUCUGCUAACGCUAGGCCGUUAUUCAUUCGUAUGGCGGCUUCUGAGUUGUCCGAAGGAGGGAAAAGCAAGGCAAAACGAACUGCAAUCCUCGCCAUUUCCAUUUCGCUUGCUGUGGCGGCGGCGGCGGCAGCGGCGGCGGUGGGAUUGCGGCGGUGGAGAUCAGGACAGAAAGGCGGCGAUCAAGAUGUGCCGGCGUCGCUGAGAAUAUUCAGUUACAAAGAGCUGCAGGUGGCGACAAAGAACUUCAAGGCAAAGCAUAAGCUUGGAAAAGGGGCGUUCGGAGUGGUAUACAAAGGUACUCUCCCGGACAACACACUCGUAGCCGUGAAAAAGCUUCAAGGCUCUGGACAUGCAGAAAAGCAGUUCCGCGCAGAAAUAAGCACACUCGGAAACAUUCAACACGUCAAUUUGGUGAGACUCCGGGGGUUUUGCUCUCAAGGGUCUCAAAGGUUGCUGGUUUACGAUUACAUGCCCAAUGGUUCUCUCAAUUCCUUCUUAUCCCAAAAGUCUGCGGCCCAGGCCCACAAGGUGCUCGACUGGAAGACUCGCUUUCAGAUCGCAUUGGGCUGUGCACGAGGACUGUUUUAUCUCCACGAGGAAUGCAGAGAUCGCAUCAUUCACUGCGAUAUAAAGCCCGAAAACAUUCUGUUGGAUGCAGAUUUCUGUCCUAAGGUGGCUGAUUUCGGGCUGGCAAAGCUUGUGGGGCGAGACUUCAGCCGCGUACUGACGACCACAAGAGGAACGAGAGGAUACUUAGCGCCCGAGUGGAUCUCAGGGUUACCCAUUACUCCCAAGGCUGAUGUCUACAGUUUUGGCAUGACCCUGCUCGAGAUAAUCUCUGGUAGAAGAAAUAUAGACUUAGAUAUGCAGGAAUCGAGCAAGUACUAUUUUCCCACCUGGGCUGCCAAUCAAAUUCACGAGGGAAAUGUGAUGAAUCUUGUAGAUAGAAGGAUUGCAGGCAAGCCCGAUUUGGAUGCAGAGGAGGUUAAAAGAGCCGCUAUUGUGAGCAUGUUGUGCAUUCAGGAGGAUGAGAAGGUGAGGCCCAGCAUGGGUGAAGUAGUUGUGAUGCUGGAAGGGAAGAUGGAAUUGGAGUCUCAUGCACCCCAACUGAAUGCCUCUCUUCAGCUGCUCGUCAGCCGCCACGUAGGCGCUCAGCAGACUGAUAGCUCCGUAUAGACUAUACAUAAUUACAGUUUCAGAAGCUUUUACUGAAAGCAUGUAGAUUUUAUUAAGUAGCUAAGGAGUUCUCGAACCAGAAAAUAAAUUACUGGUUUUGUUAGAAAGAGUAUAUUAAUUAUACUACUGUCGGCACUGACCGACCAUCCACAUCAUGCAGUCUGCAGUCCCGCAUUGAUCUAUCUUAUCCUAUCUCUUUUGCCAAACAUAAAUAUCACAUCUAAUUCUAUGCCUAUCAUUUAUGAUGCAUUUCUCUAUAAAUUGAAUGCUAUGGGCCUGCCUAUUUCUAAGUU